GUGUAUAUAUCUACAACAAUUGACUCUUCUAAAUCCUUUCUCGAUAAGCUGUUCAUGAGAUAAAUACCACUCUCUUACGCAAAUCGGUAUCAAUGAAGAUCUGAGUAACGACGAUGCGACUAGAGUUUGUAAAACGAUCGAGUGUUCAAUAAAUUGUCUAAGUAGAGCGUUUGAUGGGUCGAGUACGUCUCCCGAGUUAGAACUAGGUAUAUUAUUAUAUAAACACUAUCUUGUAUUCACUGUAUAGAACAUAUCGCUCAUGUCAACUCCAUUGAUUCUAUCAACGUGUUUUAUAUAAUCGACAGGCUUUGCAGAUGGGUCCCAACAUAAAAGAAGAAUUCCAAUUGAAGAAUUUUGGACUGGGCCAUAAUAAGCCAAAAGAAUUUGUUAGUUCUCAGUGGGGAUGUCCAACUCUCUACAUACUCUGGAGAGUAUGCUGGCCGUUGUAUCAUUUUGGCUGGAUAAUCGCAAGCGGCGUUCUAAACUUCCAGUGGGCGUCCUCGGAGGAGAAUCGAGUGAAAUGGUUUAUAUAUUUGACUAACUGGACCUAUUUUAUGUUGACAGUAGAAACUAUAGUUGAAGCAAUCAUAUUAAUUUAUGUUCGGAUAUGGCGAAAAGAUAUCGUUCAAGGUUUAAAUAAAGACAUGCCAUGGUUUUUGAAACUACUGUGGAUUUUGUAUAAUAUCGCCACUACAGCCAGUUUCAUUGUAACAGCAUUGUACUGGUCUAUGAUCUUUAAAGCUAGUAAAGGUGUUAAUCCAGUAAGUCUAGCUGUCCAUGGAAUCAAUUCUGUUUACGUGUUUUUAAAUCUGUUUAUAACAGCUGUACCAAAUCGUAUUCUACAUUUUUAUCAACCGGUUAUAUAUGGGAUCAUCUACACUGUGUUUACGGCUGUUUACCAUGCGGCCAAUGGUACCAAUAUGAGGGAUCAACCGUACGUGUAUUCUGUACUCAACUGGGAUAAACCCACCAAGACAAUCAUAAUGGCAAUCAUCAGCACAUUUAUAGCAAUUCCCAUCAUGCAUCUCUUUGUUUAUCUGUUGUAUUUUAUUCGGGUUUCCGUUUAUCAUCAGUGUAGAAAUCGCAAAGAACAAUGUAAAAUUGAGGAUCAAAAAGAAAACGGAUCACACAAAAAUGGCCAGCUGAAGAAAAGCGGUGAUAAUAAUUUUGACAAUGGUGGAUAUAUUGAAAAAUCCAGUAUGAAUGGUAAAGUGACAGAACAAAACUCUAAAACUAAUUUGAUAAUCGAUAAAUUUUGAUAACAAAGAAUUAAAUGUGUAUUAACUAGUAAGUAUAUUCAUCCCACGGGCACUUAAAGGUGGCGUGUUCAUAACUGACACUAAAUAGUAGUGCUUGUGUGAAAAGGGUUUAACUCUUUGAUUUCAUCUACUAUGUUAUACAAUGAAAUGCCCGGUGAUAAAACAAUCUGUUUCUUUUUAUACCAAGAUAUCCAAACGAUAUGUAGCUUGGACAGUAGUUGUUAGAUCGACUCCGGUUAUGUUGAUGAAUUGGUUGAUUUUAAAGAAUAUGAACUUAAUUCACUAUUGUUUCCGGUGUCACCAUUUUGAUGUAUAACCUGUAACAUGAUGUAAUAGUAAAUACUUAAAAUACAAAAAUAUAAUUAGCAAGAUAAAUGCAUUAUAUGG